AUGCUGAAUGAUUUGUUCCUGGGCACUCCUGCACUCAAUUACCGUCCACUAUCCGGUCAUAAUAUGCUCCGGUUGCUGGAGCUCCGACCUGGCAAUCGGAACGAUCCUAUUUGUUGUCAUUUCAGAGAGGUGUCCAUCACAUCGCCUCUAUUGUACAAUGCUCUCAGCUACAACUGGGGUAGUAGUACUGAGCGUAUACCGAUUUUAUGCGACGAUGCCGUCAUAGAGGUGACUUGCAGUCUGUUCACGGCCUUGAACAGGCUCCGCGACCCUGUGAAGACUCUCACGAUCUGGGUUGACGCCUUGUGUAUUAACCAAGGCGAUCUGGAAGAGAAAAGACAACAAGUCAAGAUGAUGAGGAAUAUUUAUGCUAAGGCAAAUACCAUUACAGUUUGGUUGGGG